AUGGACCAGAUGGCAGAUGAAAUGACUCUGAGAGCUGAUCUGAAAGACAAAGGCAGAGUAAGCGCUGCUGAAGAGAGCUCUGCGUGGGUAAGUGGAGAAAGGAUCCAAAGGGAGGCUCAAAUCUGUGAUUGGAGACUUGGCACGACUGCUGAAACUGAGCCCGGGGAGACCAGUAGAGACGCAGACGUUCGGCCCAGAGAGUGUGACAGCUCCACUUCCCCUCUAUUCUCUUUGAAAACGUACCUGAGGAGAUCAGCAGCAUCCUCCAGCGCAGACUCUCUGUCUUCUUCUCAGCAGAGCAACAUGGGAGUUGACUGUGCAGGGAUCGUCCUGAGUUGUCUCUUCUGUCGCUUCUACGAUAUGAUACACAUGAUACCCGAUUCCUGCGGGAUCCACUGCUGUCCCAGCUACAAACAGGUCGUCAGCACAAUGGACUCUGCGUCCAGCAGUGACGAUGACUCUCACAUAGAUGUUGGCUGCGGUCUGUUCAGUUCCUGUGAUGAUAUAAGUGACUGUGUGGAGCUGGCUAUGGAGAUUUCAGAAAUAUGCUAUCACUAG